AUGACUAAGAAGAGGAGGAACAACGGGCGCGCCAAGAAGGGCCACGACCACGCUGCACCAACUGUGCCUGCUGCAUUGCCCAAGGACAAGGCCAUCAAGAAGUUCGUCAUCGGCAACAUCGCAAAAGCCACAGCCCUCAGGGACAUCUCCAAGGCCAGUAUUUUCAACUCUUAUGUGCUUCCCAAACUGUAUGUGAAACUGCAUUACUGUGUGAGCUGUGCAAUCCACAGCAAGGGAGUGAGGAAUAAGUCUCGUGGGUCACAAAAGGGUCAGACACCCCAACGCUGCUUCAGACCUGCUGGUGAUGCCCCCAGACACCCUCCAAAGCCAAUGUAA